UUCUACCGGUUUAGCAAAGUUUCAGUCUGUUGUUGAAAUGAAGUGUUAUUUUAUUCGAUAAGAUAAAAACACUUAUGAUCACUUUACAAAGAAGACACUAUAAAUAAGUGGAAUUGAUCAUUAGAAAUUAUUUACUUGAUAUAAUUGACACUUGACAGUCAAUUUUAUGUGUUAGAUCAUCAAUAACUAAAAGUUAACGUUAAAUUAUUUAAAAUGGAUUCAAGUAAAUUCAGUGAAAUAAAACUGAGCGAUUUUAAAUGGGUAAAUGAGCCAAAGAAGUGGCGAAUCAGUGAUAAAGGCCUUGAAGUUACAACAGAUGAGAAAACUGAUUAUUGGGAGGGCACUUGGUAUAAUUUCCAUCAUAACACCGGCCAUGUUUACGGAGUAGAAAUCAAGGAUGAUUUUACAUUCACGGUUUGCGUGGAAGCAGACUUCUCCCACCUCUACGACCAAGCAGGUCUCAUGAUAUACUUCGACGACAAACAUUGGCUGAAGGCUGGCAUCGAGUACAUGCAUGGUGGUCAGCCGAUGAUUGGCAGUGUCCUAACAAAUGAGCGUUCUGAUUGGGGUACAGGCGUAUUUACGGGCAACCCGCGCAAGUUCUACAUGCGAAUGUCGCGGAAGGGCGACGUGGCGUGCGUGAAGUACUCGGCGGACAAGGAGCGGUGGACGCUGCUGCGGCUGUGCCCGCUGCCGCGGUGUGGCGCGCCCUGCCUGGUGGGCGCCAUGUGCUGCACGCCCACCCGGCGGGGGCUGCACGUCUCCUUCAGCGACAUACACAUUACCGUGCCCGCGGAUGAUAUCUUGCAUUCUAAUUGAUAUAAUGAAAACAAAUUAUGGGAAAAUAAAUUGUAAGAAUUAAUCAA